AACAAAAUGUUCUCCAGCAAUAAACAGCUAGACAGCCGCUUGCAUAUCGCCAUCAUAUCUCAGCCGUCACGAGGUAUCAGUUUAUUCAGGGGUUUGAUACGAUGAUAACUCCGUGUGUGUUGUUCAAGGAAAUCGAAAAUUGGACAAAAAUAACAUGUUGGUUAUUUGUGACGUAUUUGUAAAUCACUGUUGUGAGGCAGAGAUACCAGCAUGUUCUGUUCAACCCUGGUAUAACAUGGUGACAAGAUUUUAAAUCAUUGAAAGAAAAGGGCGCGGCUAACCAGCAGUGGAUUAGUGCUAAAUGGAUACAUUAACUUCACAAGCUGAUCAUCACAGGGUGUGUGAGUGAAAUAAUCGACCAUAUCUCUGGACCUUCGUUGUGGUACGACUUGAAUAUAAACUAUUUUAAUUGUGACGAAACAUCACUGGGAAGUUUUAUGCUUUGUCCAAAAAAAAAUCCAAAAUGCCUGUCAGUGAACUGAAAUAACAAUCUCGUGAAGACAGUUGCCUCCUGUUGACUUUGACGGACUGGAAAAAUAAAUGGUGCUUCACAGAUCUGCCCUUUGGGCUUUCGUCCUCAUUAGUAUGGCAGAAUCAGUAUAUUCUCAAGGGACGACAGCUGCAAGAACCAGCACACAAGGAACAACCAGGGAACAAAGUACUUCGUCGAGUUCUGGAGUCAGCACAAUGGAUCUUAUCCUGAUAGCAGCUGUCGGGGCAGUGGGUGGCAGCAUCCUGAUCAUGGCCGUUCUUCUGGUCGUUGUUGCGACUAUAUAUAGCAGGAAGAAGCCAGCACAGGCCUCCACUAAUGAUGACACAGGUCACGCAGGUCACACAGAACACGUUGACGUGACACCAGGCUCCACCCGCACCAGUUGUCAAUCUCCAGUCAACCCACCAGUAGCUGCCCCCGCAACACCCGGUGUCCCACCGAUCACAAGGUCAAGCAGGUCGAGGUCCAUGUACGUUCUUGCACAGCCAUGGGUACAAAGAUCCGCAAAGAGCAGCAGUCAGUAUGGAGGACACAAAAGACAUGGAACAAAAUCAGCCAUGUUUCCUACUUCUGACCCUUCAACACGUGAGGCGGAGAAGAGAGAACGCUAUCUGAGGGAGAGUGGGUACAUAUCUCAUGCUGACAUUCAGUCAUAUGAUGCCGACCUAUAGACAGGGGGGUACAUAUCUCAGGCUGACAUUCAGACAUAUGAUGCCGACCUAUAGACAAGGGGGUACAUAUCUCAGGCUGACAUUCAGACAUAUGAUGCCGACCUAUAGACAAGGGGGUACAUAUCUCAGGCUGACAUUCAGCCAUAUGAUGCCGACCUAUAGACAAGGGGGUACAUAUCUCAUACUGACAUUCAGACAUAUGAUGCCGACCUAUAGACAAGGGGGUACAUAUCUCAGGCUGACAUUCAGACAUAUGAUGCC